AUGGCGGAUCUCCUUUUCCAGACGUUUCCUGCUCUUUCUCAUAGCGCGCAAACACCACAAGCCAUUAUCUUGCGAGGCAAUUACACAUAUGAUGAUACCGCAAGCCAUGUUCCUCAAUUACUACGACGCAGUGUCCCUGUCGCGAUGAAGCAAGACGGCAAACUCCACCUCUAUAAGAACGAAGAAGGGUUCCUCUAUGACAAAAGCCCUACUGGAGGAUGGGGGUCAACUUUCUUUAUCCGGAAUGGUGUUCACUUGCAUGAGAGGGUUUAUGAACAUGAGAAGAGUAUCAAGUCAACGGGAGGAUACUCCCCUCACUAUAGCAUCGCACGCCAAUCCCGACCCGAUGACCGACAAACAUUUUUGCUUUGUUUCUGGAGCCUUGAUAAUAGGGUUAGUCAACCUGUAAUGGAUAUGGCAGAACAAACAAUGAUUUCGAUGUUCAACACCUAUCACGCAUGGAUUGCAAGCUCCUCCUCAAACUUUGGCUAUAAGCCAGAAUAUCUAGCCGUGCAUAACCAAUGCAGGUAUUUGCAGUCAGUUGCAAAGAGGACGCGAGAUAUCACAGGGUGGCAACAUCACCUUGAUGCUGAUACCCGUGGCUGCAACGUCAUGAACCCGCUAUGGUUCUAUCACUCUCUUAAGACUAUAAACUGUUUCAGAAUGUCCAACCUUGAUCCAACGGUCCGCACGUACACGACAUACAGGAUGGCUUGCAAGUUCAACAAACAAGACGGCAACCGACACUCAACGUGUUUCUGGUACAACGAUGAAGCUGGAAAAUCUCAUUCUAUUACUUUCACUUUCCCCAAAGAAUGCUUCCAGCUCUUUUUUCCUAAGUCUGGACAUAUAGUCUUCGAGAUCAUGGAUGAUCACCGCCCACAUCCAGCCGCUUGGUUUGGCUGUCCAAGUGUUGGGAAAUUUGAGAACUUUGAGCUACCAUCUUGCUUGGGUAUUCGCAUUGAGUGGUUAGACGAACCCUUGCGUCAAUGGCUGACGGUACCAAUCACCAACACCUCUGGGAAGACAGACCCCAUGCUGAGAUGGACUAAAGCACUCACUAUCAUCCAGCUCUUGGAAGGGAUCACCUGGUCAGGUCCACUGAAUGGUCUCCAAAACUCCAUUGACUUUGGCGGCAUGCAAGUGGCAGUACUCAAGAUAGACCAUUUACAGCAAAAGUGCCAAUGGCUUCCACGCCAGAGAAAGACUCUCCAAGCUCCUGUUGAAGCAUCCUGGGAUCAAAACUUCAAACGGAUGGCGAAGGAAUUCGGCAAAGGCGCGACGGUUAUCUGUAGUGAACCACCCGCUCGUGGUGACGACUUCUGGAAAACCUCGGCAACUGAAAAUCCUAACACUCGCACUAAGAUGCGAUGUGAUUUCUGCAACUAUGGUACAAAAAACCAACAGAACCGCACCCCAUGCGAAAGAGAUCCAGAACGCGCUGACAUAUGGGUAUGCAAACGGUGUUCCGAGAUGAACCGUCCAUGUACGUUCACUCCUAUAACUAUAUCGAAGGAGCUUUGGGGUUUUGAUGAGCCCUUUCUCAAUCCCGCUGGCUGGUCGAAGUAUCCAACUGGGCCACAUCGCAAACUUGCAUUUCACCAAGCUAUCCCGCUUGAGAAGCAGAUCACGCUCACUGCAAUACCAGAGCCAUUCGGUGUGACACCAGAAACAACCGCGUUAGAAGUAGAGCGCGAUGAGGAGGCAGGAUUGAGCUAUGAGGUUGAGGAUAUUGAUGAUGAUGAUGAUGAUGAUGAUGAAUAAAAGG